AAACACACACCCCUGAAUGUCCUCUUGCCCCAGCGGCAAUAACCAACAGAGUGCUUCACUUCUCUGGACUGCAGACAGCUCUUUCCUGAACGGAGUGUCACAUCACAAACAGAUAACGAUGGGCGUCCUCUUGGAAUAUGAACAUGACUACCAAUACCACGAUCAUGACAAUGAUUCCAACGACAGUGCCUAUGAUGAAGAUUAUUUUGGAGACCUCCACACAGUUUGCGACAAACAAGAGGUUCGGUCCUUUGCUGGGGUCUUCUUGCCAGUCAUCUACACAUUAGCACUGGUUCUGGGCCUGGCCGGAAAUUCAUUGGUUGUUUUCAUUUACCUUUCCCACAAGCGCUUACGGACCCUAACAGAUGUCUUCAUUCUUAACCUGGCCUUUGCAGACCUACUCCUGCUCUUCACGCUGCCCUUCUGGGCUGCAGAUGCAGUGAACGGCUGGCAGAUCGGCACAGCUGCCUGCAAGAUAACCUCAGCACUCUACACCACCAACUUUAGCUGCAGUAUGCUGCUACUUUCGUGUAUUAGCAUAGACCGGUAUCGUGCAUUAGCCAAAGGCUCUGCCCAUACCCCAGCCAGGAAUAACAGCCGCAAGCACAGGAUAAUCAUGUGCCUCGUGGUUUGGGGGAUUGCCAUUGUGCUAGGGUUGCCAGAUAUGGUAUUCUAUACGGUGAGGGUUCAGCAUUCUAGCGAACGAUACACUUGUCGGGCAGUUUACCCACAUAGCAUGGCAAGGGCAGCUAAGGCAACUCUGGAAAUUCUGGAAGUGUCUCUAAGCUUUAUUCUGCCUUUCCUGGUCAUGAUGUUUUGCUACUGCCGGGUUGGAGUUGCGUUAAGCCAGGCAGCUACUGCAGGAGUACAUGGUGGGAGAAGAUGGCGGGCAUUUCGGGUGUUGAUAGCAGUAGUAGGAGUGUUUCUGUUGACCCAGCUACCUUAUAACGUGGUAAAACUGAUCAAAACCCUAGAUGUGAUCUAUAUUUUAGUGACAGAAUGUGACGUUAGCAAAAAUCUGGACCUGGCAAAUCAAAUCACAGAGAGUCUGGCCCUUACGCAUUGCUGCCUGAAUCCUGUGCUCUACGUCUUUAUCGGAUCGUCCUUCAAAAUGCACAUUAUAAAACUUGCCAAGCAUUGGAGCCAGACUGGAAGAGGGUACCGCCAUGGCAACGAGCAGCCGGCCAUUGAGAUCUCCCUGAAGUCAGCCACACAAACUCACACUAACUCUUCUUCAGGCAAUGAAGACACAAGCACAUUUACCAUAUGACAUGCAAAACAUGUGCAUAAAAACACCAACAUACGCAGUCAUGUAUAACGCUCAUUAAGUUCAAAGUAUUAGAAUGUUUGUAUGCCAAAUACAUAACCUUUCAUUAUAAACGCUAUUUGACAGCCAGUGCAAAAACAGGCGCACAACACACACUAGAGAGUUUCAUCUUUGUUCUUGUGUCUUAUCACAGUAUUUCUCUCCAAGGCUUAUAUUCAAUUUUUCUUCCGUUUAUUUAGCCAUUUAUUCUAGAGCUGCAGGUACAUUAUUCUUAACCUUAAUAUGAAAGUACUCAACAAAGUGUAUAUAAUUUGUACUUGAGCUCACUCUUACUCACUCACUCACUUACUCAAUUUCCUGCUAUUAUCAAGGGUGGCCAAAGCGGAAUGAAUCGCUAAUUAGUCUGGCAAUUGUUUUACACAGCGGAUGCCCUUCUAGCUGCAACCUCCACACACUCUCCCACACUCACAACUCCUAUUCACACACAAUGGACAAUUUUUUAUUUUAUUUAUUUUUUUCUAAUUCAGCUAUAUCGCACGUUUUUGGACAGCUGGGUAAACCAGCGCACGCAAAGGAAAACCAAGCAGGCAUGGGGAGACCAUGCAUACUCCACAAAGAAAUACGUCUUUGGAGUCAAUCUAGGGCCAUAUAUUUUUGCUAAAUAAAAUAAAGUUUUGCUAACAAAAAAUAAAGUUUUGAGCUAAAAAUAAAUAAAUAAAUGCAAAUCUCCAAAAAUCCCAAAGCGAAAAAUAAUUUUUGAGAAAUAAAAAUUUAUUUUGUUAACAAAAAUAAAAUGCAAAGGGAAAAUUCAGUUUUCAGAAAUAAAAAUGAAAGUUGCAAACAAAAAAGAACUGCAAAAAAUAAAUAAACUCACGCAAUGCAAAAAAAAUAAAUAAAUAACUACAAUUAUGAAAAAAAAUUAUACACUGUAAAACCCAACAUUUUAUCAUUUUAUCAAAUGAAAAGAGUGUAGUUAACUCAAAAUUGAGUGAAAAUUUAUUCUACUCAUCAAGAGUUUUGAACUCUUCUCUGUUGAAGGUAAUGAGUUAAUUUAAGUUGAAGUGAUGAGCUAUUUAAUUGAGUAAGUUCACAGUACUCAUGUAGAAUCCUUUUUUUUUAAUUCAAAUGGUUUGUUGCAAUCAGUUUCCUCAAACUGUUUUACUGUGCUCAAUUUGCUUCAUUUACUCAAAUGAAUUAACUUCGCCGUUCUCAUUAGGAUUAGAUUUUGAACUUAAACGGUUUGUUGCAAUCAGUUUCCUCAAACGGUUUGAGUUACCUUAACUUAUUGGGUUUUAUUUUUGUAGCAUUGCCUUUACAAAAACCUGUCCAGUCAAUUGCGAUGCUCAUUUUGAUUUGCCUUUUAGUCAAUAGUGAGUUUGUAAUGCUGUUUUCACUUUGCACUUCACGUUUCUGCACUUUUCACUAUGUGGCCCUGAUUUGACAAGAGGGUGGAGUCAAUCGAACUUGGCCAUUUAUGGUGGCCCCAGACCUGCCUCCAUUAAAGUGAGGUCAUCAUUUACUUGCCAACCACCAAAAAACUUUGAAAGAAGAAAAAGCAGAAGCAUGGCUGAGCAGAGGCACACGAGAGAAGUUCCUAAAUUUUGACACUGCCCCCUUGUCAAAUCAGAGCCACAAAGUAAAAUGCGCAGAAAUGUAAAAUGCUAAGUGAAAACAGCAUCACAAACUCACAGUUGACUAAAAAGCAAAUCUAAAUGAGCACUGCAAUUGACUGGAUGGGUUUUGUAAAGGCAAUGAUAUAAAAAAUGUUUUGAAAAUCUAUAGUUUUUUUAAUGCAAAUGCAGUUCUUUUUUGGUUUGCAAAUUUAAUUUUUAUUUCUCAAAACUUAUUUUUUUCCUUUGCAGUUCUUUAUUUUUGUUAGCAAAAAUAAUUUUUAAUUCUCAGAUAUUUAUUUUCGCUUUUUAGAAAUUUGCAUUUAUUCAUUUUUUUAUUUAUUUAUUGCUCAAUUCUUUAUUUUUUUGUUUGCAAAACGUUAUUUUAUUUUGCAAGUAUAAAUGGCCCUAGAUUGAUUUCAUAGGACCUCCUGGUAAAACAGGAACUUGAACCAACAACCAUCCUGCAUUAUAAGAAACUUUAUGCUGCCCACAAUGUCUUUGUGGUCUUUUAGUAUAUAUCUAGAGAUCAAAGCAUGGUGAAUAUCAGUAUAAAUGCAUGGAAUCUGUGUUAAGAAAAUGCUAAUGAAAUUUCUGCAGAAUGUUUAUUUAUUAAAUACUUUGGUUACAACUAAUGUUCUCUGCUAACAAAUAACAGUGUUUUAAUUACAAAGAGUUGCCACAAUCAGCGCAUACAAAAGUGAUAGAUUGUGUGCAAGUAGUUAUUAAACUGACAAUGUAUAGAAAGUGUAUAGUGAAGUAAUAUAUGGGUAGUUGGCAAAUAUGCAGUAAAAAAUAUUUUGUGUUAUUUGUAAACCACUCUUUUAUUUUUUAUUUUUGAGGUAAAUAAAUGUAUUAUAUUUGUGUA